CUUUAAUCAUUACUCUACAAAAUUGCUUUAGCAUAAUCAGCAUUUCUUAAAAGGGAGCUUCCUGGUCCUCAGUCGUCAAUGUGAACAGUUCAGUGAAUUCAAGCUCCAAUCUGCGCAAAUGGGGAAAAAGAAAUGCAAAACCAAAGAAGAAAUCGGAGAGGAUUUUUGCUUCCAUUGCAAAGAUGGAGGACAGAUCAGGUUCUGCGACUUCAGAGAUUGCCUUAAAGCGUAUCACGCUGAUUGUGUUGGAAAGGAGGAAUCUUUUGUGGAGUCUGAAGAUCGUUGGAUCUGUGAAUGGCAUUUAUGCCAACACUGCCCUAAAACCUCAAAGUUUCGUUGUGUUUGCUGCCCUAAAGCUGUAUGUGGACGCUGCAUUUCUAUCAGCGAGUUUGUGCAUGUUAGAGGGUAUAGAGGAUUCUGCAGUCACUGUUUGAAGCUUGCAUUACUUAUAGAAAAUGGUGAAGAUGUUGACUCCGACGGGACAAAGAUUGACUUUAAUGAUAGUGAAACUUAUGAAUUCCUAUUCAAGGAAUAUUGGGAACUGAUGAAGGUAAAAGAGGGUUUGACAGCAAAAGAUGUCCGUACUGCAAGUAACUUAUUGAUGACGGGAAGUAGAUCUGACUUCAAUUCAAACGAAAUUGAGGAAUCAGAAGAAGACACUGAUGAAUAUGAAAUAUCAUCAGAUUAUGAAGAGCAGGUGGAUACAGAAGAAGGGCACAAGCUAGUAAGAAAAGGAAAAAGAAGCAAGGAGAAGCUAGGCACAAUGAAAAAAAUGAAGUCAAGUAACAAAGAGUUCAUUGGAUGGGGGUCAAAACCAAUUAUAGACUUUCUCUCAAAAAUUGGCAAAGAUACAAGCCAAAAGUUAUCGCAGGAUGACGUGACUUCUAUAAUUAUAGCUUAUUGCAAAGAAAACAAGCUUUUCCAUCCUCAGAAAAAGAAGAAAAUUGUUUGCGAUGCUAAGCUACGUGCUGUUUUUGGGAGGAAAGCAAUUAAUAUGAUUAGCGUGUACAAUCAACUAACUGCUCAUUUUGCUGAAAACAUGGAGCAACCAUCAGAUGAUGAGAGCACAAGUAGUAUAGAAGAGAAGGAUGAUACUUCUUCAAUGGCUUGUAAAAGGCCGAGGAAGUUGGUCUUAGAUAGAAAACCAGCUGAACAGGAACCUUCACAUGUGUCACAUAAUUGUUCCGCUGCUAUUAUUGCUGAAAAUGUCAAGCUGGUAUACCUGAAAAAAAGUCUGGUAGAGAGACUUCUUGAAAACCACGAAUGUUUUGAAGGAAAAAUGAUGGGAAGUUUUAUAAGAGCUAAAUCCGAUCCCAAUGACUAUUCACAGAAAAAUUCUUACCAGUUACUGCAAGUUACAGGCAUAAAGACAUAUUCAAGCAACACUGAGAAACAGAAAAUUCUCCUGCAAGUUACCAAUAGGCUAGACUAUAUACCAAUCAACAAUUUAUCAGAUGAUGACUUCUGUGAGGAAGAAUGCAAGGAUCUGCUCCAGAGAGUGAGAAAUGGCCUGCUCAAGAAGCCCACUGUGGCGGAGCUUUACGAGAAGGCAAAAAGUCUGCAUGAGGAUAUUACAAAACAUUGGAUUACAAGAGAGCUGACCAGAUUGCAAACGUGUAUUGAUCAUGCAAAUGAGAAGGGAAAGAGAAGAGAACUGUUUGAGUACAUGGAAAAAAGACUUCUACUUCAAAAGUCAUCAGAACAAGCACGGUUGAUAAAUGAACUUCCAAAAGUGAUAGCAGAUAUUCCUGAACCCACAUUUGAUGAUUUAUUAGAGAGGGAUGAACAAGUAAGUCAUAAGCAUGAAGCACAACCGCCCAUAUGGGGUUUACAGCACAAGGCCCUGGUUGAUACAAGAGACGACGGAAAAGAUGUCACAGGCCGUAGCUUGUUUUCUACCUUUGAUGAUUUAUUAGAGAGGGAUGAACAAGUAAGUCAUAAGCAUGAAGGACAACUGCCCAUAUGGGGUUUACAGCACAAGGCCGUGGUUGAUACAAGAGAUGACAGAAAAGAUGUCAGAGCUGUUGAGGUAGAAGAAUGUCAGGUUGGUGUCCCAACUAUCUCAGAGAAGCAGCAACACUUUGAUGUGCCCACUUGUAAAGAUUUUGCUAAAAAAUCUUGUAUAUCAGCUGCAAAAUCUCAAACCCAUCAAGAGCAGCAUCAAUCCAUUCUGCCAAAGGAGCAUCCAUGUUCCGAAACGUUGGUUUCCUGCACAAGUAAGCAAGACGAGGCGACUGUCAUUCAAGAAUCGAAGUUAAAAAGCGAAGGCCCUUCUGAAGUUCAGUUGAUUGAGCUGAGUGACGACGACGGGCAUUUGAGGGUUGAAGAUAAAAAGCAGAACUCAGAGAAUCCAAAUUGCCCCAUGUGGUAUUGUGCAAGUCCUCAAGGUGAGACGAGGGGACCGUUGCCGUUGUCGUUACUGAAGCAAUGGAGGGACAGCAGUGCAUUCGAGUUGAAAUGUAAAGUUUGGAAGAGUGGUCAGAGCUCAGCAGAGGCUAUCCUUUUAAGCGACGCCAUCCGGUUGCUUUUUCCUGAAUAGACUUUAGGCUGUUAAUAUAUUUUUGUAUCAACUAAAUGCCGGUAUGAUGCAAAACUACUGUACAGUUAAAUUUUGUAUAUGGUAGACUGAGUGCAGAAACAGUUACUGUCUAGUGCUUUCCAUGGAAGGUCUUUUUAGAUAAGAAACAAAUGAGAAUGAGAAAAUCGGUCUGUGUACCAAAGCCUAGGUGGAACCAGACUUUCAGCCAUGUUGAAUGUGAGGAGAUGAAAAUGUGUGAAGUGCUAGUCAAUUUAAUACAAAUUUUUCUUCUUUUUAGUUUAA